AUUGUUUGGUGUUUGUUCAAUUAGAGAUUUUGGAGUUCCUUUUCUGCUAACAUUACUUGUUUGCUCCCUGACUGCAACGCCGGAAUGCUUACUUUUGUUUCGUCUGAAAUUAAUUCUAUAUUUUCUUUUUCUGUGUUUUUCCCCCCCCCUGAUUUUUGUAAUUAGAAUCGAAUCUGGUGAUGUUCAAUUCACUUUCCAAUUGCAUGCUAUUAUUUGGAGAAUGAUAUUUGUUUCAUUAAGCAAAUGAUAUUUGUGGAACUAUAUAUAUGUUGUUCUGUAGGGGACUUAGAAAUUGCACAAGUAUGAUAGAUCGUCUGGUUCGCUAUUGUUUAUGGGACUGAUGGACAGUUGAGGAAUGCUUAUUUCGAUUUAGUUGUUAAGGGAUACCAUUUGUCUAUUUUUUCUGUUAAUUACAAGAACUAAGUGAAUAUUUUGCUCUUCAUCAGUCCAAAGAGAUUGGACAGAAAAGUGAAAACAAUAUUUGAAUGGAAGAGAACCUUGUAAAUUUCCUUUCGUAUCUUCUUUAUAUCUUAUGUGCUAGAGCUGUUUUUUAUAUGAUAUUUACUUAAGAAGUGAGACACAAGAAAUCAUUUAUUCUUAUUACUAGUGUUCUGGGAAAUUUUUAAGCCAUAACAGAGAAUUAGUUUUGAAGGCUUGUGCUAUUUUUUUUUUUCCUUCCGUAAACUCAUAAUUUAUUAUUAUUUCAAUUGGUGUCUACUCUCCCUCAAAAUUUAGAACACAUUAUUUCAUCUAUAUAUGAUCAGUCAUAGUAUGCUUCAGUUUCAAUUGAACUCAAAUGAUAUAUGUAACGUUACCCUUUUUCUUGUUUUCAGGUUGAAGAUCUUGUGGAGAUAUUUCUUGCUUGAAGCUGUCUAUACUACAAAAUUUUAGUGACAAUCUUGGUUUUUCUUUUCUGAGUUUUGUUCUGUAUAUCUCUUUCCUGUCUGAUGGCUGAGGAAAGUGUCAAUUUACCUUUGACCCCUGAAAUAACUAAGGCAGAUGGGAAUAAUUUGAGAAGAAAUUCUACGGGAAAAGCAAGUUCUUCAAAUGGUGGAGAAGCUAUUCUUCCUCAUUACCUCAGGGCAUCUACUGGUUCUUGUCAUGAUUUUUGUAAAUAUGGGAGGAAACAUGCAUUAGAAGCAAAGGCAAGAAGUCCCAUACUGAAGAGAGUUGGAAAAAAACCCACUGACACCGGAUUUCUUCUAGUGAGUGUAGAUCUGCCAGGGAGGAAGAAGAUGCCAGUGGUCAAGCUCAAACCUGACUUCAAAUCCCAGGAGUCUGAUAUCCCUGAAACCAUUAAGCAGGAAGUGCCCACACAAUCACCUGUCAGCAAAAAUCCAACAGAAGGUAAACUUCUGACGGAGAGGAGAAAGACAUCAGGGGUCAAGUUUAAAUCUUCAUCACAUGCGAAAACCCGCUCAUAUGAUACCCCCAAAACCAUGAAGCGGGAAGUGUCAUCAUCUUCUGGAAAAGUGGAAGUUUCUUCGAAAAAAGAUUCAUCAAAAGCUAAAAAUUUAAACUUGUCUAUGAAGCAUGCUACUUCUUUGAAGCUGGAAUCUUUGACAGUGAAGCCAAUAUCUUCUCCUAAAUUUUCAGGAGGUAUAAGUAGCCUAAGAAAAGGUGAUGUCAAAAUUGGGAAGCGGGAAGUGUCAUCAUCUUCUGAAAAAGUGGAAGUUUCUUCAAAAAAAGGUUCAUCAAAUGCUAAAAAUUUAAACUUGUCAAAAAAAAAUGUUACUUCUUUGAAGCCGGAAUCUUUGACGGUGAUGCCAAUAUCUUCUCCAAAAUUCUCAGGAGGUAUAAGUAGCCUAAGAAAAGGUGAUGUCAAAAUUGGCAAGACGACCGGGAUGUCCAAAGUAGCUGUAAAGAAGGCCAUGGCUUCCCCAACAGCCUCAUUGUCUUUGAAGUCUUCUGUCAAUAGUGUUGCAGGAUUAAAUGAAAGAAGGCGCAGGGAAUUGCAAGCUGCGCCCCCUCUUAUGAAUAAGAACAAGAUUAGAAAAGCUGAACCUAAGCAACCCAACAAUGAUGAGGUUAUGGAGAAAACCUUGUAUGUCAUCAAGAUGGAAACUGAGAACAAAACUUUGGAAUCUGAUCAAAAUGAAGGCUUUGCAAUUGAAUUUUCACCUGCUUUAUCCUCAUCUCCAAAGUCUUCAUCCCUCCCAAAUGCUCCUUCUUCUUCAUCCUAUGAAGAAGAAUCUCAAGAGGACUCUGAAUGUACGAUGAGUGAAGCAGAAUAUGACUCACUGUCAGAAAACAGUGUGGAAAACAUAGAAGAAGCAGACACAUUGGAAGAGGGAUACAAAGGGAGGCCCACAAAGGAUGGGAUGGUUUGUUCUGAAGAUAAAAAUUGCCAACCGUUGAAGUUAAAGUUCAGGAGGGGGAAGGUGGUUGAUGUUCAUUCUGUAAAUAACAGUCCAAGGAGGCUCAAAUUUAAGCGAGGAAAACUGCUAGGCGAGGACCAAAAUGUCAAGGCUGACGCCCGAAGGAGAAGCUUUAAGAGGACAGAAGGAGUUGAUGGUGACACAAACGGUUCUGAACCUGGUUCACAAAAAGUUGUUUUGAGACAUCAAGAUGUGCAGGGGAAGAAUGCUCAGGGUUUGUUUAAUAAUGUCAUUGAAGAAACGGCAAGUAAACUCGCUGAAACCCGGAAGAGCAAGGUUAAGGCCUUGGUUGGUGCUUUUGAAACUGUGAUCUCCCUCCAAGACAAAAAACCUUCUGCAAACACUGUAACUUGAGUUAAAAAGAACCUUUUUGCAUUGACAAUCCAUUGGUUUCAAAAAGAGUGAUAGGAAAAUAAAUCUAAAGCUUGUAAUAGAGAAGUGAGUAACAAGCUUAUGGAGCUGCAGCAGUAUCAUAGUAGAUUGCUACAGUUAACAUUAGAGAGUCUGCGUGUAGAGUUGAAUGGAGAGUCUUUGUGGUGUGCUGACAUGCUUCUUAUACAUUUCUGAAGGGUAUGCUGCUUCUUGCUUUCUUUUUGAAUUUCAUACCUAAUGUGAUCGAUUUGUGCAUUAUGAAUAAAAUCAGUAUAAUCUUGACGUUA